CAUAAAUCAACGGGGAGAACCCUGACCACAUUACUGGGCUGACGACAAGCGGGCGAAGCGGGCACAUGCGAGCAAUAAGCUUCCUUUGAGAUGUGACAUUAUAGAGUUUUGGACCCUAUUUUGACAGAAUGCCUGACAUUAAAGUAGUUCCGUUAGGAGCUGGGCAAGAUGUUGGACGCAGCUGUAUCCUUGUUACUAUUGGUGGGAAGAAUAUCAUGCUUGACUGUGGAAUGCACAUGGGAUAUAAUGAUGAGAGGAGAUUUCCAGAUUUCUCAUACAUCACUCGAGCUGGCCGCUUAACACAACAUUUGGAUUGUGUGAUUAUCAGCCAUUUUCACUUGGACCACUGUGGUGCCUUGCCAUAUUUCUCAGAGAUGGUUGGAUAUGAUGGUCCCAUUUACAUGACACACCCAACUAAGGCAAUAUGUCCUAUACUUCUGGAAGAUUAUAGAAAAAUUACGGUUGAAAGGAAAGGAGAAACCAACUUUUUCACUUCACAGAUGAUCAAAGAUUGCAUGAAAAAGGUCGUAACUGUCAAUCUACACCAGACAGUAAAGGUUGAUGAUGAACUGGAAAUCAAGGCUUACUAUGCCGGUCAUGUUCUUGGAGCAGCCAUGUUUCACAUAAAAGUUGGGACUGAAUCACUGGUAUAUACUGGUGACUACAACAUGACACCUGACAGACAUUUGGGGGCAGCUUGGAUUGAUAAAUGCAGACCAGAUGUACUUAUAACUGAGUCAACAUACGCUACAACAAUACGAGACUCAAAAAGAUGCAGAGAAAGAGAUUUUUUAAAAAAGGUUCAUGAAUCCAUGGACAAGGGUGGAAAGGUACUGAUCCCAGUGUUUGCUUUGGGAAGAGCUCAAGAACUUUGUAUAUUGUUGGAAACGUAUUGGGACAGAAUGAAUUUAAAGGCACCAAUAUACUUUUCAACAGGACUCACUGAGAAGGCAAACCAUUACUACAAGUUAUUUGUGACUUGGACAAACCAAAAAAUAAAGAACACAUUUGUUCAAAGGAACAUGUUUGAUUUCAAACAUAUCAAGCCUUUUGACAGGUCAUUUAUUGACAAUCCAGGACCUAUGGUUGUGUUUGCUACACCUGGUAUGCUACAUGCUGGAUUGUCAUUGCAGAUCUUCAAGAAGUGGGCUGCAGAUGAGAAGAACAUGGUUGUAAUUCCUGGUUACUGUGUUGCUGGGACUGUAGGCCAUAAGGUGCUAUCAGGACAGAAGAAAAUUGAACUGGACAAGAAAAGUAUUAUUGAUGUGAAACUUUCAGUUCAGUACAUGUCCUUCAGUGCACAUGCUGAUGCCAAAGGAAUAAUGCAACUCAUUCGCCAGGCUGAACCUAAGAAUGUUGUUUUGGUUCACGGAGAAGCAGGCAAAAUGGAUUUUCUAAAGCAGCAAAUAGAGAAAGAAUUUGGAAUUGGAUGCUUCAAACCAGCAAAUGGGGAAACAGUGUGUAUGGAGACUAUUCCCACUAUUGCAGUUGAUAUGUCACUAGCUCUGCUCAAGAGAAAAGUUAUGUCUCUAGAAAAGAAAGAUGCCAAACGAGCCAAGCUCUCUCCACAUAAUAAUCAUUUACCCGUGCAAGGAGUGUUAGUUAUCAAAGACACGUCUGUUAGAUUAGUGGAACCCGCUCAAGCCAUGAAGGAACUGGGACUGACUGAACACAAGCUUCGUUUUACAUCAUCGGUCAUUUUAGAGACCACAGUACCAUAUCACGUGUUUAUAGAAAAGUUGCAGUCUCAACUAGAGAGACUUCUUCCAAAUUACCCGGUCCAGCGAGUGGCGGAAGGAUGUUUAUCAGUGGACGACUCUGUUCUUAUCAAGAUAUCACCAAGUAGUGAUGACGUCACUCACGAGGCUUCCAGCUGUACAGCUUUGGUUUCAUGGACGUUACAGGAAGAGGAGUUAGGAAGUCACGUGCUGUCGUUGCUACGUGACAGAAUAAUCCGACCUGUGGUCUCACUUGAUGAGUCUAGCGUGUGAACAGAACACUGCAUCCCACUGAUAGACUCAGUGCACAUGAUGUAUAUAAUGCAGCCGUUUGGACGCAGCCACCUACAGUGCUAGUGCUGCUCUGUACCACAUGAAUGCGUAAUCAACAGGAAAGUUACUGAUGUUCUCACUAUGGCGAGCGAACGACUCAACGAGGUUGACCUACGCUUCCGCGAGAGCUCGUACGACUUGUAAACAUGACAACUAACUAAACACUUUCUCUUUCUUUAAAUAAACACCACCUGAAGAAAGUGACUGAAACUUCUAGUUUAAUCGUAUCACUGCACAAUUCAAAAUUUUAGUUUGUUGUAACCUCGCCCAAAUAAAAGGAUGGGUGUUA